AUGCAUUUUCUAGCGGUCGCUGCGGAAGAUUCCCAGACAUCCGAUAAUGACGGCAGUGGCGAGCGGCCCGUUCGGAACAAGUUGAAGGAGACGACCAUUACUUCCGCCCCCACGAAUUCGGUAUCGGAAGAUCCGCCCAACGGCUCCGGUGAUCAAGCGCCCGGGAGUGAGGAUAGUCGUGCGAGUAGCAGGGGCAGGAAGCGGUCGUUCAACGAAGAUCAGCCUGAGAUGGAGGAAGACCCUGAGCAUCGACGGAAGCGGUCGCGCGAUUCGAACCCCGAAGACGAGGACAACGCCCAGACGGAGAAGCCCCUGAUGGCCGACGAGGGUGCCGACAACAAGCUGGGUCUUAAGAAGAAGCGAAGCAGGGAUCAGCUGGAUAAAGAUGAGCCCGUGGCGGAAGAGGCGGUCGAGAAGUCCAACGACAAGGGCUCGGUAGAGAAUGGCGCAGCCCAAGACAAGCCUGAAGUGGAGGGAGAGCCUGAAAAGAAGCGGCACCGAGACGAAGAGAAGGGCUCGGUAAGUGUACCUGCAGCUAGUGGCUUCGCAAAUACUUCGGCCGUCUCGCCAUUUGGCGCGCUUGGUGCCUCGGAAUCGAAAGGAGAAUCCGCAAAACCAGCCGCUGCCACUUCCUCGUCCGCCUUCGCAGCAUCUAGCCUGUCCGCUUUUGCAGGCUCGGAGAAGUCACCUUUCGGCUCGUUAGGAAGCUCUGGCUCUUCUGUGUUCAAAUCGCCGGCUUCGACAGAGCCUGCGAAGUCCCCCGCGACCGGUUUUGCAUCUGGAGCUGGAUCUUCAGGAUUUGCGAGUCUGGGGUCCGGCUUUUCUGGCUUCAGUGGCGGUUUCGGGUCCGCUGGGACGACAGGCGGCCUCACAAGUUUUGCCUCGCCGAGUGGGCCUAGCGUCCUUGGUAGUACCAGUACCAGUAAGGACAAGCCGUUUGGGGCUGCCGAGGAGGAGGACGAUGAGAACGAAGCUCAACAAGAGGAAGACACCGGCCCUGGUGAAUUCGAGCAGGACAAGACCGAUGAGAGAUUCUUUGAGCGGCCGAUUGAAACGGGCGAGGAAGAAGAGAAGACAUACUUUGCUUGCAAGGCAAAGCUGUUCCAGUUCUCCGAUAAAGAAUGGCGGGAGCGGGGAGUCGGCACCUUCAAGGUCAAUGUCAAGGUGACCGAUGGAAAGGAGAAUAAGAAGGCAGCCCGCUUGAUCAUGCGCGCCGACGGUGUUGGGCGCGUCAUGUUGAACACGCCCAUCUUCAAGGGCAUGACCGUUGGCGAUGCCGCAGGCAAAGAGCCCAAGUCGAAGCAGAUUCAUCUCGCCAGCCUUGAGAGUGGUCGCUCCGUCCCGACCCUGCUACGGACCGGUAACGAAGAACAAACGAAGGAGCUUUACCAGGUGGUGUGUAGCCUCCUCGAGCAUCAAUAA